GAUCGAACAAAACUCCCAACUUUUAUUUCAAGCAUCUACAAGAUGUCUACCAUAACAACCCCCGCCCUGCAAACAUCAUAUCCUCCCAUCCUCCCAAAAUCUUUCAAUGCCAAUCAACCAAAAACAAUUCGUCUUUUCCCCCUUUCAAAUUACACUUUCGGCACCAAAGAAACCCAACCUGAAGAAGACCCCUCAGUCCUCGCGCGUCUCAAACGUUUAGAAGAACAUUAUGUCGAACACGGUAUGCGACGUACCUGCGAAGGAAUCCUCGUCUGUCAUGAACACAACCAUCCUCACAUUCUCAUGCUUCAAAUCGCAAACGCGUUCUUCAAGCUCCCUGGAGAUUAUCUAAAGCCCGAAGACGAUGAAGUAGAAGGGUUUAAACAGAGAUUGAAUGAGCGAUUGGCACCUGUAGGGACGCAAUUCAGUGGAGAGGGUGUAAAUGAGGAGUGGGAAAUUGGAGACACGUUGGCGCAGUGGUGGAGGCCGAACUUCGAAACUUUUAUGUACCCGUUUAUCCCGGCGCAUGUUACGAGGCCCAAGGAGUGCAAGAAGUUAUAUUACAUCCAGCUUCCUAGACAGAAAGUACUGAGUGUUCCCAAGAAUAUGAAACUCCUCGCAGUACCACUUUUCGAGCUCUACGACAACACAGCAAGAUAUGGUCCUCAACUCUCAGCAAUUCCACAUUUAUUAUCCAGAUAUAACUUCGAAUUUGUUGAUGAGAAGGGUGAUGUGGUAGCUGUUACUCCUGGUGGAGGACCAGAGGAAGGAUAUGUGCCAAAGACGAUUGUUUUGGCUGGGGGCGACGACGAAACAAUGGGAGAAGCUGAUAUCAAGGAAGAAAAUGGCGUUCAAUAAUGACUGGAUAAUGAUAGUGUUAUCAGAGCAAUGGAAGGCAUGGUAAUGGCGUUCAAAGGUCAUAAUAUAAUAGCUUGGAAUAGCUAAUGGAUUGACCA